AUGUCUUACGGCGGCAACGACGACUCCAACUACGGUUCCUCCCGCAGGGACAACGAUGAUAGCUACGGCACCUCAGGAACCACUGGCGGCUUUGGCUCCUCCACCCGCGACAGCGACAACGACAACAGCUUCGGCUCGUCGACCCGUCGCGACAAUGACGACUCGUACGGCUCGUCCAACCUAGGCCGCAGCGGUAACGACUCGACCUACGGCUCCUCCCGUGACGACAACGACAACAGCUAUGGCUCGUCCGGCAACACGGGCUCCUAUGGCUCCUCCCGCAACGACACCUCCGACAGUUACGGAUCCUCCAACACCCGUGGCAACAACGACGACAGCUACGGCUCCGGCAACAAGUCGUCUUCCUACGGAAACGACUCCACCUCCUCCAACCUCGCCGGCGGUGACUCUCUGUCCUACGGCAACAACAGCUCCAGCCGUCGUGACAACGACAACUCGGACAGCUACGGCUCAUCCGGCAACACUGGGUCCUACGGCUCCUCCCGCAACGACACCUCCGACAGUUACGGAUCAUCCACCACCCGCGGCGACAAUGACAACAGCUACGGUUCUUCCGGUAACACGGGCUCCUACGGAUCCUCCCGCAACGAUAACGACAACGACAACAGCUACGGCUCGUCGAACCGCACAGACAACGACACGUCCGACUCGUACGGAAGCAGCGGCAACAACAAGAGCGGCGACAGCAAGGUCGGCAAGUUCCUCGAGAAGGCGGGCGACCUGCUCAACAGCGACAAGCUCGAGUCCAGGGGCCAGGCUAAGCGGGAGAACGCUGGAUACGGUAACAAUGAUGACUACUAG